GUCGCGCCGAAAGUCGCCGAUCUUGUGAAAACGUCGAGGAAAGUUCGACGCGCUCACGUUCCCCUGGAAACGACAACGACGACGGUGACGAUAAAAACGACGAUGGAGACAGAGAUGGAGAAGAGAGAAGAAGACCGUUCGUACACGAUACAAAUCGACAACGGAAUGUUGACACAGGCGAAUUCAGACACUAGCCUCUGCCGAGUCUGCCUGAGUAUGGAUCAUAACAAUCAGUGUCUCUUCCACAAAAACUGGGAUGACCCAGACGAUGCGGACUCUCUUGAACUGUCGGAGAAGCUACAGUUAUGUGGCGGUGUAGAGGUCUUGAAAGAUGAUGGUCUGCCUACCAGCAUCUGUCUCAAGUGUGUGAUAAACCUCAACAUUGCUUAUGACUUGAGGGAACAGUGUCAGAAAGCAGACAUGGAGCUUAGAAAGUUGUAUGGGAAAGUUUUGUACACAAAUAUCGCCAGCAAUUGCAUUCCUACAAAAGAUCAGUAUUGUCAAACUGAAUUCUUGGAUGUAAUCAAAUCAGAGAACAAUGGAAAGUUAAAUAUGGAUAAUAAAGUUAAUACAGAGAAAGAUACUAUAGAAUCAAAUAUCAUAGGACAUGAAGAAAUAUCAGAUGCUUUCAACCAAAUCAAGCAUCCUGAAGAUGUUUUGGUAGAUAAUGAAAUUGAUUUAGAUUAUAGUAAUAAAUAUAAAAUGGAAUAUGACAAAAUAGCUAAAAAAGAUCUCUAUAGAACGAGAAGAUUAGCUAUAUUCAAGAGAGCUACAUCCAUAGAAAAUUUGAAGAAUCAUAAAGAAAGACAAAGAAGAUAUAUUAAGAAAAGUGCAAACGUUAAACGUGACAACAGCGAUAGUGAGUAUCAGACAAAGACGAGAAAUGUUCAUAGUAGAGUGGAUAGAACGUCUGAACUUAAAUUACAGUAUAAAUGUCAGAAAUGUGAUAGAUUUUAUUCCAGUAAAAAGUCUUUGGAAAGACACACAUCGACACAUAACAAAGAGUUCAAAUGUGAUAGCUGUGAUAAGCAAUUCUUGUGUCUGGAUAAAUUACUUAAGCAUGGCAAUUUACAUCGAACGAAAGAAAAGCCGAUGCCGGUGUUAUGUAGAAUCUGUAAUAAGAAUUUCAGGAAGACCGACACUAUGGUGAGGCAUCUGAAUGUUCAUAAAAAAGCAUAUCCCAAGGAGGUCUUUUCUAUACUAAAGGAGAUACGUGAUAAGAGAAAAUUGGAGAAUAAUCCAGAGUCUUUUGAAAUGUCACUUCUUGUUGCGACGGAUGAAGAUGAAGAAAUGGCGCACGAUGGACAGUUACAAAGUGAGAAUGAUGGCACGAUGAGAGAGUUAAGAAAACGUAAUACAAGAGUGGAACAAAGAGACUCAGACUUAGUUAAUAGUGAUUCCAGCAAUGAUAAAUCUGAAAUGUUUGAUGAUGCAUCGCUUUUUCAUUGCAAACAUUGCAGCAAGGGCUAUCGCACCGAAAGGUCGCUUCAACGUCAUCUGCUAAUACAUGACGAGAAGAAAUUCGUUUGUAACGUCUGCAAUAUGAAGUUUUUUCGACAGGACCGACUCAAGAGUCACAUGGAUCGAUACGGUCAUGAUGAGAGCAAGGUAUGCUUGGAACCGCAGAAGCCACCCGACGACAAAUCUGCCAUUAAACUUAUUAAUAUCUGGAUAAGAGAGGAAUUAGAUUCCGAUAACGAGGGUAAGGGCUUCCCAUGUAGAAUUUGCGGGAAAUCGUAUGACACGAAGAAGUCUCUGAUGAAACAUCAAGUGAACACACAUGGUAAGCAGGACGAAUGCUGCACGACUUGCGGUACUGUGUGUAAUUGCGACAAAGAUCAGGAGAAGAGUAACGAGAAGUCGAAAUUGUACACUUGCGAGGAAUGUAACAAGUCUUUUGAGAAAGAGAUCAAGUUGCAAAAGCAUCUACGGAUUCACGAGCGCACCAAGGAGCAACAGGAUGUGAACUUCAAGCGUUUUCUAUGUCACAUUUGUAGCAAGACUUUCCGACAGAACACUGGCCUGAUGUUCCACAUGAGGACGCAUACCGGUUACAAACCGCACGAGUGCAGGUUCUGCGGUCGUGGCUUCACGUCUAAUUCGAAUUGCAUUAAUCAUGAGAGGACUCACACAGGUGACCGGCCGUUCGUCUGCCAAUAUUGCAGUGCCGCGUUUGCUAAAUCAUGCACGCUCAAAGCUCACAUUACCACGCAUACCGGCGAAGCGAAUUAUCAUUGCAAGACCUGUGGUAAGUCGUUCCGUCGGUUGAAAUAUUUAAAGGAGCACAGAUUCACGCACACCGGUGAGAAACCAUAUGCCUGUAAAAUCUGCGGUACCGCAUAUAGCCAUUCUGGCAGUCUCUUCGUACACGAGAAGAAGUGCAAGGCGCAGUACAAUAAUUAUCAGUCGGGAGUUGUGCAAAAUGCACAACAACAACACCAACAGCAGCAGCAGCAGCAGCAGCAGCAGCAGAUUUCCUACAGUCAAUCUCCUCAGACCACCGCUGGCAUUUCCGUAGCGUCCACUUCUUCGGUUAUCACGCCUAUUAUCGCCACGCUGCCUCAGGCUCACCUAAAUGUUAUCAACAGCACUCUGAAUGUACAGGCGAACAUGGAUAACGUUCAGCGGAUGAACUUACAUACAGCUAAUGCGACCACGGUUGUCUCAUCGGGUCUGCACCCAAGUGUCGAUAUCUCCGAAAUGAGUUCCCCCGUUAGGAACUUCUCUAUCAUCGGGCAUAUGUUUCACACUUAAGGAAACAUACGAGUAAAACGUGAAUCAAGAUUCUACUGUGAUAAAUAUCCUUUUUUUAACGAUACCUAUUGAGAUAUAUUUUACAUUUUGAGUACAUCGCUUUCUUCUUUGUAAUCGUUAUUAUGAUAAGUAUAUGCUUUUAUCGUAUAUCGCAAUAUGGGAAGAUGGGUAUAGAAUGUAUAUUUAUAAUUUGUAUCGUUUGUAAUGAUUUAUGAUGAUCAUUAGAAAUUUUUAUUAUAUACAA